CUCUAGGUUGUUCCACCGACAGCGGCAAAUAUAUGUUCUGACUUGGAUCGUGUCUGCGGCCGGUAUAUCUUCCGCCGCUGAUCGACCUUCAUUAUCAGGUCUGCGUCGGUAACUCGUUGUUCCCUGAAUGGGAGGUUAAGAUGAUGCCAGCCUUAAAGCCCGAGGAUUGGACCUCGCGCUUGCUAAUCCAGUCCUUCGAUGUCGAGCACGGAACAGGCAUCUCCUGUUGUGCAGUUACAAACGCUGCAGGGGAAAUCAUUCGUUUACAUCGUCUUUGGCCUUCUUGCUGCAAUUGUCGUCUUCGGGCUAUGGUUCACGCUAUUUUAUAUCGUCAGGACGCGCCGGCGAAGAAGAUUCGAGGAUGACAGUGGCAUCACUUAUUCGUUUGCGACCCGAGCACCUAAUGAAAAGCCUCAAUGCCAUGAGAUAUGGCUGGAUACUCCAUCAUCAACGCUCUCAUGGAACAACAUUCGACCUUUAUCUAUCGAAAAACUGCCCCUACCCGUUUCCGCUCCAACACCGCCACCUCCGCGGAUUAGACGAUUUUUCUUCAAGAAGACUGAACCGCGGCCGCUGUCCAGUACUUCAAACAGCACCGUGGCUUCUUGCGAUAGUCUUGCUUCACGUCUUUCUAUCAACGAAAAGGAAACAAUCCAAGACGCCUACCGUGUUUCGGUCCUCAUAGCCAUGCCAUCUCCUACUUCUAAUGCAGAAAUGAAUGUCGGCGUCACUUCGACACCGUAUAGCGCAUGAUGAGCACCUUUGAUGCCUCUUAACGACACUUCAAUCGACUACGCAUAUCCCAUUAUUGACACGUCUCCUGAUACCCCAUAUCUCAAGUUGAUGAUUAUCGCUUCUUGCUUAUCACUGCCGAAGUAUACGUAGUGUCCCUUAUUCAUGAUUCUUAUCGUAGCGUCAACUAAUGUACUUGGUGGCAUACCACUAUAGAAAGCAUAUAUAUACACGGUGAACCGUAAUGUCAACGAGAUAAUUUCAUCCAUCCUUUAC